CGGAAUUUUACAGAAUUCACCAAGGUCCAGUCAGGAUAUAAUGCCAACAAGUCAAGCUUCUCCUUCGACUGUUGUUGUGGGCGACUCGGUUUCAGGUGUUCGUAUAAAUACUUCUGCCACUUCAUCAGAACCAAGUACAAGUCAAGGUACCAGCAGCGGCCAAAAUUUAUCAGAGAUAACGAAGUUGUUUCCGUACUUUCAAACUCAGGCACAAAAAGGUAGCACAAACCGUUUCAAGUACGCACCAUAUCCCAAGUUCAAGCCCAAAGAGACGUGGACUCACGUGUUUAUUUGUCUCGCUAAUAAGGAUGCCGAAACAGUUCCAACCAGACCAGAGAAAUCCGAACUAAAUGACGCAGGAUUGGGGGAGCAAAAGAUUGUGUUUCCCAACAAGAAUGGGUCAUUCGCUCACGUAAGGAGUACUUUAGAAAAAGUGUUCCCCAAAAUGAAGGAUUUGGAUGGAGCUUUUGAAAUUUUAAGGACAACCAGCUGUGCCCGAAGGUUUCUUUCAGCCAUCCCCAUUCCUCCAUUGGGCUAUACUGUCCCUGUACUCAAGGAUGGUCUUGGCCAUGCAACUGCCUAUAUAAGGCCAAUGCAAAAAAAUUUAAGCAUGGAAUCUGUUUCAAAAGUGAGUUAGUAUGAAAAUAUUGAUAUCAUGAGGAUGAAGACUUGUAGUGCUAGUACACUUUUAAUACUGUAAAUCUUUUCACAGUUGGCAAGUGGUAUUCAAUAUCAAUGCAGAUACCACAAAUAAAUUUUGAGAGUAUUUCCAAGUAGAUACCACAGGCAGAUUUUAUUUAUAUCUUCAUUUUAUUUAUAUUUUCAAAAAUUCAUAUCGCCACCACUCCCACAAACGUCUACGACAUCUACAUAUUUCUGCAUGUUUACAAUUCUAAUUUUAAACAACCAAUCCGGUUUUUGGUAACAAUUACAAUUAAAUGUCAAUUGGCUGUUUAAAUUAGAAUUGUAAACAUGCAAAAAUAUCUAGGUGUGGUUGUAGACGUUUGUGGGAGUGGCGGCGAUAUGAAUUUUUGAUGCAAUAUUUACACAGUUCAGUGAGUCCCUUAAUACAUGUAAUUUGCCCCAUUUGGUACCACAAUAAUAAAAAGACAGGUUAUAAAGGAGUUUGUGUAAAUGCAUUAUUAGAAGCAAUGGUUUUGGGUGUGGGUAAACUGUUGCUAGUACUAUGUUUACUUAAUUGUAAGUUACUGAUUUAUACAAAAAAUUGGGAACAGCAAGGGAUCCAAUUUCUUUGAAGAUUUUAACAAAAUGAAGAUUCCAUGCAUUUAUAAUAUUUUUGGUUGCUUGUUAAUAUGUACGCUGAAUAUGUAGGUUAGUGAUGAUAAUGUGGAUUUGAAAAGUGUGCCCACUAUCAAGUGUGUGAAUUGUGGUGAAGUUGUGGCUUUGUCAGUCAUGAGAAACCAUCAUUGUGAUUGUCAGUCAAGUUCAAUGGAACAACAUGAAAGUAUUAGAGAAAAGGUAUUUACUUUGGGUGUAAUGGAAAAAACUUAAUAAUGGAAUUUAGACACUCUGGCUGACAUACAAUAGAAACCAGUACUCAUUCAUGUAUGGUAAAGUACUUGAAGAAUACAUGAGCACAACAGUUUAUGAUACGGUAGCUAGGAUUUUGGAUGUGUACAUUUGAGAUCGAUGUGUACAAAUUGUUAUACAAUUAUUGUAUUGAUUUUAAUUUCCAUUUAGGAUAUUGCCACAUUAAAAGAAAUGUUUCCAAAUGAAUGUACAGCAAAACUAAGUUCUGUAUUGUCAACAGUUGAUGGUGAUCUGAACAAAGCUGCAGCAAGUCUUGCUGGAUGUGUUGCAGUGUUGAUGAUGGUACUGUAAGGCUGCUCAGUAAUUUGUACCUAGUUGAGAUUUAUUGUUGGAUUGUAUGGAAAGGUGUAAGAAUAUGUUAUUAAUUUACAGAAUUUGAAUCAGAUGAUCCUGAAUCAUUGAUGGUAGAGUCACGAUACAGCAAGGAUACAUUAGGUACUGUAAAUAUUAUACAGAUUACGGAGCCUUGUUAAUACUACAUGUAUCUGUUGUGAAUGUGCCAUACGAUCACAAAUAAUGCAGCAUAAUCAGGGGUUUGCCAAUAUUGACAGCACCAACUUUUGUACUAGAUUUUCUAUUACUGUAGGAUCUUUAACUAGUGACCUCAUAACAGCUAGCUUUUAUUUCUCAGGGGAGCUAUAUUUAUCUUUGCAUUUCCUUAGCAAUCUCAAAAUAAAAAGAGAUGGUAGCUGAAAUUUCAUCAUAGUGGUGCAAAUUGCCAAAUGUCUGAAUAAUUACAGCAUACUAAAAGAUGUUGGAUAACAUUACUUUUAUAUUUAGGUAGCCUGCGAACAGGCUCUCAAGCUGAAUUGAGAGCCUGCAUCGAUGACUAAUGAAUUUGAAUCUCUGCGUCUCAAAUCGUGACGCUAAAUUCUCAUUGGUCAGAUGCUAUAAUUUAUAUGUUUCCGCUGAGCUCUAUAUAUGUCAACUGCAAGCACUAUGCAUAAAAAAACACAUUAACUGAUCAAAUUAGUCUUGGCCAUAAUAUCUCAAAGCACGAAAUGUUCUGUUUUGAGAAAACAGUAUUUAAAACAUUUGAACUUUUGCUUGAAUAUCUUAUAUUUCGAAAAACAGUAUAAACUGUACGGUCUAAAUUUAGUUUGCACGGUCUAAAUUUAGUUUGCAUGAAAGUUGUAAACAACACCAUAUAAGGAUAGACAUUCCAUAUUUGGACAAACGAACGUUACGGGGCAGAUAUUCAAAUUCAUUAGUCAUCGAUGCAGGCUCUCAAUUCAGCUUGAGAGCCUGUUCGCAGGCUAAUAUUUAGGCAGUGAUAAAGCAUUCUCUAUUAAAGAUUUAUUGGCAAAGUACCAGGGUUCGGUUACUAAAGGAAAAUCUCUACUCCUUGACAUUGAACGUGAACGAAUAUGGGCGAGGUCACUUAUAUUCUAUAAGUCUAAAUCCAAGGAGGAAUUAUUAAGAC